AUGGGUUUGGGUUGCUUCGGGUGCUUCGCGCCGGAGGUGGAUGAGGACCUCAAGCCCUCCAAGCCCGAUGAUUCAUCAGGGGCCGAUGCGAGGAGAAAGGUCGCGCCGGAUGUGGCCAACGGCUACGCGCACAGCUUCACCUUCAAGGAUCUGCUCGUGGCCACCGGCUACUUCAACGAGGCCAAUUUCAUCGGAGAAGGUGGAUUUGGGAAGGUGUACAAGGGCAAGAUCAACGGACAGAUGGUGGCAGUGAAGCAGCUCGCUCGAGAUGGUGUGCAGGGGAGGAACGAGUUCUUGGUCGAGGUGCUCAUGCUGACAGUGCUCAACCAUCGCAAUCUUGUCAGCUUGGUCGGGUUCUGCGCGCAGGGGGACGAGAGACUGCUAGUCUACGAGUACAUGCCGUUCGGAAGCCUGGAGAGCCAUCUCUUUGAUGUGCCCCUUGGCAAGAAACCACUUGACUGGAACACACGAGUGAGGAUAGUCGUUGGAGUCGCUGAAGGGCUUUCUUACUUGCACAAUGUAGCUGAUCCACCUGUGAUUUACCGUGAUAUGAAAGCUGCUAAUAUUCUGCUGGGUGAGGACUUCAGCCCGAAGCUCUCUGACUUUGGGCUUGCAAAAGUCGGACCAGUUGGAGACAGAACUCAUGUGUCCACAAGAGUUAUGGGUACCUAUGGCUACUGUGCUCCUGACUAUGUUGUGAGUGGUAAACUUACCAUGAAAUCCGACAUAUACAGUUUCGGUGUUCUUCUGUUGGAACUGAUCACAGGAAGGAGGAUUUAUGACGCUUCAAGGCCUAAACCAGAGCAGAGUCUGUUAACAUGGUCGAGGCCAUUCCUGCAUGAUAAGAGGAAGUUCUACCGGCUCGCUGAUCCGUCUCUGCUGGGCUGCUACCCGUCAUCAGCACUGAACCAGUUAGUCGUGAUCAGCAUCAUGUGCCUCCAAGACCAGCCGCAUGUCCGCCCAAUCAUCUCCGAUGUUGUGAUAGGUCUGAAUCAUGUCGCAAGCCAGCCAUACACCUCUGAGCGCCCGCCGCCUGCAUCAAUGAGCUCCCCUGCGAGCAGCGGGUCGCCGCAACUCGUCAGCACUCCAUCCAGAAGGAGAGGUGGCGAUGAUGGAGUCGUCCAUGGCCUUGACGUGGUUAAGGGUCCAGCUGCCGACGAUUUGGUCCACCGAACCGCCACGUCAUGGGAGGCGCCAAGGCGAUGCUCUAGUCCCGUUUGUUGCUUUGCUGCUUUUGACAUGCUGGCGAAUUUUUUGGGCCCAAAAUGUUGGAUAAAACAGUGCCAAAAGGACAUGGACAGUGACGUUCGGCAGUUGGGUAAAAUUUUGUCUUUUUUGCAAGGCUGUCGGUUUUUGACGUGUGACUGUGAGCAACGUAACGAAACAGACUCUGGUGGUCUCUUUUGUCGCAGUCAGUUGAAUCCGAGCGACCGGCUGUUGCUGCGAGGGCCGAGAGACCCCUCAACGGCGUAUCCGCGAUCCGAAGAUCGGCGAUGGGUUCCAUGGCUGGGCUGGACGCCCGGACCCGGGCGAGAAAGCGACGGCGAUCGCGAGGCCGCCACGAUCCUCGCCGGCUUCAGUGAAGGAGCUGGCUGGCGUCAGUGCGCACGGCGGAACUUGGCUGGGCGCCCCGCUUCCAGGAAACGGAGGAGGGCUGCUGCCGUGACGCUGCUUUCCGUCGCCGACGUCGACGUGCCCGCCCCUCUCCUUAAUUGUAUCCUUUCGUUAAUCCCAUCUGCCGGGCAGUAA